AUGAUAAAAAGGCUAUUUCCUUCUAUCAUUUCUCCCUUCAAAAGGCUCCCUCAUUUUAACUUUUCCACUUUUAAUCGCCUACAAAGGUCAAUCGACAAAGAACUCGUCCACGAAAACGAGAACUACAAAAUCAACGAAGCGAUCCCUCGAUUCCUAAAAGAUCGAGAUUUCACCUUGACCGACAUCAAAGACUCCACACAAAUUUUACUCACAAAAAUUUCUCACGGUAAAAACGUGGUUGUUUCCUUCAACGCCAAGAUUGUCUUCAAAGAAGAAAAGAAUUUGCCACAAAUUUCUGAUUUAGUUGAAGAAAAAGGCAUAAGAAAGACUUUUAGUGACAAAGAAGAUGAAAAGGUUCCUUUCAAAUUAUCUCCAGAUUUUCAUAAAACUUCAGUUGAUUUCAUUGUAGUUAUAAAAAAGCCUGAUGCGAAAUCUGGGAUGGUUUUUGAAUGCUCGACAAAAAUAAAUGAGGUGAUCAUUCAUAAAGCUUAUUCUACACAUGAUACAGAGAUAUCGAAAGAUAUUUCAGCUGUUGAUUAUAGGUAUAAAGGAAGGAAUUUUGAAAAUAUAGACAGCAAUUUGAGGUUAAGGAUGACUGAUUAUUUGAAAGACCAUGGAAUUGAUGAAGAGCUUGUAGCUUUUCUUGAAGCAUAUUCCCCUGACAAAGAGAGGCAUCAGUAUGUAGAGUUUUUGGAAAAGCUGAAAAAUUUCGUUAAAUAG